UUUUUUUUCCUCCCAAGUUCUCUUGCCUGGCUAUCCCCCCUUGCAUCCGAAGGCGCCUCGCGAUUGGGUGUCGGGGCCGGGUACGUCAGUCAGACUGUGACGUGCAGUCUUCCUGUUUCCUUCAGCUGUGUCUUAAAGUAAAUCUUGUUGUGGAGCGCAGCCCUCAGCGGAGGGAGCGCUCGGGAGUCAGACACCCGUGCAGCCGGGCGAGCGGAGGCGCCGGGAGCCUCGCCGAGUCCGCCCGCUCCGCCGGGCUCCGCGCCUUCCCCCUGCUCUUCUCUUCGGCUCCCUUCGCUCUUCUCCUCUCUUCUCUUUUCUUCUCCUCUCGCUCUCUCUCCCCCCUCCCCACGCUCUCUGCUCGCUCGCCCCUCUCCCACUCGCCCCAUCACUGGCUCGCACACUCACCGUCCCUGGUCCAGUUAUUCUAUUCACCGCCCGCCAGAGUCCCCGGGCGCGAGCGCGCGCUGUCCUCGCCGGCGGGGGCGCAGACACAGCGCGGCGCGGUCCCCCUGCGCUCGGCACCGCGAGAAAAUGGUGUUAUUUAAAUGAACCAGAAGAAAACCGCCUGCAACACGGUUUCUGAGCAGGAGCCUCCGUGGAACUCCGCGCUCCGCUCUCCCCAGUUCCGAAGAGGUCCCGGGAUUCUUGAGCUGUGCCCAGCUGACGAGCUUUUGAAGAUGGCACAAUAACUGCCCAGUGAUGCCUGACCAUGACAGCACAGCCCUCUUAAGCCGGCAGACCAAGAGGAGAAGAGUUGACAUUGGAGUGAAAAGGACGGUAGGGACAGCAUCUGCAUUUUUUGCGAAGGCGAGAGCCACGUUUUUUAGUGCUAUGAAUCCCCAAGGCUCCGAGCAGGACGUUGAGUAUUCAGUGGUGCAGCAUGCAGAUGGGGAGAAGUCAAAUGUGCUCCGCAAGCUGCUGAAGAGGGCGAACUCGUAUGAAGAUGCCAUGAUGCCUUUUCCAGGAGCAACCAUCAUUUCCCAGCUGUUGAAAAAUAACAUGAACAAAAAUGGUGGCACGGAGCCCAGUUUCCAAGCGAGCGGUCUCUCUAGCACAGGCUCCGAAGUACAGCAGGAGGAUAUAUGCAGCAACUCUUCAAGAGACAGCCCCCCAGAGUGUCUUUCCCCCUUUGGCAGGCCUACUAUGAGCCAGUUUGAUAUGGAUCGCUUAUGUGACGAGCACCUGAGAGCAAAGCGCGCCCGGGUGGAGAAUAUCAUUCGGGGUAUGAGCCAUUCCCCCAGUGUGGCGUUAAGGGGCAAUGAAAAUGAAAGAGAGAUGGCCCCGCAGCCCGCGAGUCCCCGAGAAAGUUACAGAGAAAACAAACGCAAGCAGAAGCUGCCCCAGCAGCAGCAGCAGAGCUUCCAGCAGCUGGUUUCAGCCCGAAAAGAACAGAAGCGAGAGGAGCGCCGACAGCUGAAACAGCAGCUGGAGGACAUGCAGAAACAGCUGCGCCAGCUGCAGGAAAAGUUCUACCAAAUCUAUGACAGCACUGAUUCUGAAAAUGAUGAAGAUGGUAACCUGUCUGAAGACAGCAUGCGCUCGGAGAUGCUGGAGGCCCGGGCCCAGGACUCCGUAGGGAGGUCAGAUAAUGAGAUGUGCGAGCUAGACCCGGGACAGUUCAUUGACCGAGCCCGAGCCCUGAUCAGGGAGCAGGAAAUGGCCGAAAACAAGCCCAAGCGAGAAGGCAACAACAAAGAGAGAGACCACGGGCCAAACUCCUUACAACCAGAAGGCAAACAUUUGGCCGAGACCUUGAAACAGGAACUGAACUCUGCCAUGUCGCAAGUUGUGGACACUGUGGUCAAAGUCUUUUCGGCCAAACCCUCCCGCCAGGUUCCUCAGGUCUUCCCCCCUCUCCAGAUCCCCCAGGCCAGAUUCGCAGUCAACGGGGAGAACCACAAUUUCCACACCGCCAACCAGCGCCUGCAGUGCUUUGGCGACGUCAUCAUUCCGAACCCCCUGGACACCUUUGGCAACGUGCAGAUGCCCGGUUCCACAGACCAGACAGAAGCGCUGCCCCUGGUGGUCCGCAAAAACUCAUCUGACCAGUCUGCCUCCGGCCCUCCCACCGGCGGCCACCACCAGCCCCUGCACCAGUCACCUCUCUCUGCCACUGCAGGCUUCACCGCAUCCACCUUCCGCCACCCCUUCCCCCUGCCCUUGAUGGCCUACCCAUUUCAGGGUCCAUUAGGUGCUCCCUCUGGCUCCUUCUCGGGAAAAGACAGAGUGUCUCCUGAAUCCUUGGACUUAACCAGGGAGACGACGAGUCUGAGGACCAAGAUGUCAUCCCACCAUCUGAGCCACCACCCUUGUUCACCAGCACACCCACCCAGCACGGCGGAAGGGCUCUCCUUGUCCCUCAUCAAGUCCGAGUGUGGCGAUCUUCAAGACAUGUCCGAAAUCUCACCUUAUUCGGGAAGUGCAAUGCAGGAAGGAUUGUCACCCAAUCACUUGAAAAAAGCAAAGCUCAUGUUCUUUUAUACCCGUUACCCCAGCUCCAACAUGCUGAAGACCUACUUCUCCGAUGUAAAGUUCAACAGAUGCAUUACCUCUCAGCUCAUCAAGUGGUUUAGCAAUUUCCGUGAGUUUUACUACAUUCAGAUGGAGAAGUAUGCGCGUCAGGCCAUCAACGAUGGAGUCACCAGCACUGAAGAGCUGUCUAUAACCAGAGACUGUGAGCUGUACAGGGCUCUGAACAUGCACUACAAUAAAGCGAAUGACUUUGAGCAGGUUCCAGAGAGAUUCCUGGAAGUUGCGCAGAUCACAUUACGGGAGUUUUUCAAUGCCAUUAUUGCAGGCAAAGAUGUUGAUCCUUCCUGGAAGAAGGCCAUAUACAAGGUCAUCUGCAAGCUGGACAGCGAAGUCCCUGAGAUUUUCAAAUCCCCGAACUGCCUACAAGAGCUGCUUCAUGAGUAGAAAUUUCAACAACUCUUUCCGAAUGUAUGAAUAGUAGCAGUCCCCUUUGGAUGUCCAAGUUAUAAGUGUCUAGGUUUUGAUUUCAUAUGUAUGUGUCUGGGAGGCAUGGAUAGGUUAUGAAAUCAGCUGGUAAUUCCUCCUCAUCAUCUUCCUCUCAUUUUCUUUAGUUUUCCACUUGCAAGGGGAUGGCUAUUUUCCUUCUGCCUUCCGUUUACUUUUGCCCAAGGCCCUUAACAUUGGGAGACUUAAAAUAGGGUUAAUUUUCAGGGAAAAGAGGAGUGUUGACAUGUGGAAAGUCUACAUGAACAUGGAAGGGCACUGGUGAGCGGUGCUUCUGCUUGGCUGAGGCUGUAUUGUGAAUGGCGGUCGGUGGAGGGAAACUCAUGACACAGCAAUGCUACAGUGUGUGUGUCUAGUUUUUUCUGCUAAGAAGGUCAGAAAACUCAAUGAAACCACUUCAUGAACUUCAUUCUAUUGUUUGGUUUGAACUCAGUAGCUUUUGAUGACAUGUUUUGUGUUGUUGUUUUUUUAAAAAAAAGCCAAUAAGAGAUGAGCAGCUGACUUCUCAAAAGUAUUGCAAAAAGGCCAAACUUAGAAAAGAAAAAUAAUCACUACUGUCAAGUCUUUCCUAAGAGACAUGGCAAACACCCCAAACUAGUACCCAUUUCUUAAGGAGACAGAACAGCUUUGCACCAAACUGACUCUUUUAAGAUGAGACUGGAAAUUCACCCACGGUCCUCUCUAAAUUUUACCAUAGGUUCUUCUUCAUAGUUAAGUGAGUCUCUAUCCUUCUUCAUAGAGAAAAAGCCCUGGAACUUAUUAUUUUCUAUUUAUCUUGCUUCAGAUAUUAAAAGGCACAUAAGUUUCACACGUAUUCUUUGCUCAACUUUGUUCAUAUGCUUAAGAGAAUGAUUAUCUCUGUAUAAUAUUUAACACUCCCCCAUUCCCCCCAAAAUACUAUUUUCUGAAUAGUUUUCUAUAGUAAGGAAUAAAGGAUGUCCCAAUGUGACCAUAAAAUUUCUGCCUACACGAGAAGUUUGUUGACAGCCGUUAGAUGAGUUGCUCUUCAUCUCCUGAGAGGAGCCCAGAUGAGAAUUAUCCGUUUUCAGGUACAAUUCCACACUACCCUGAUGGAUAGGCACAGUGGUGACAGUGUAAUUAAGUGUGUCUUCAUUUUAGGUAUAGCAUUUCAGAGCAAUGGAUAAAGUCUCUUCUAAUUAAGAAGCUAAUAUUGACCAAAAUGUGAGAAGAGUGGGUAGCAUAGCAAAGUUUGGGGGUUGACCCAAAAGACACAAUUUCAGCACACAUAAGAAAGCUGGCUGCUAUUUUAUGCUUUCUUCAAUGGUUCUUUUUUUUUUUCUUUUUCUCCUUUUUUCAGUUUUAAAAAGGCGUGCAAUGUCCCAUACUUGCUCUUAAGAAUUUGUGUGGCAUUCACACUUGUUUUGUUGGAUGGGUUUUGUGUGCAGAUGCAGUAAGAAUUCCUUGUUCAUUCAGUAGUUGGUUUUUUGUUUUGUUCUGUUCUGUUUUCAGAACCUUCCCUCCCUUUAAGUCAUUUGAUACACACCUCCAAAAAUGACACAGUAACAAGCCUGAUAUUUAGAUCAUACGGAACAUAAAUACCAAUUUAUCCUCCAUUUUAAUAAAAAUACAUUUUACUUUGGAGAAUGCAGGUUGACUCACGUGACUAACUAGCUGACCCAAACGCUGUAAUUUAGCGUCGUUUAUAAAUUCUGCUGAUGGAUAGGAAUGUAUGAAGGCAGUUACUGUCAGCACAGAGCCUUAAAACCUGCUGACUUUAAAUUAAACAACCCAGUCCUGUGAUGGCCUGCACCACUGAGGGGACUAAGCCACUCUCACCGGGUGGACAGCAUGAAGUGACAUGGGCUGGAGCACCACCCACAGCUAAGCACACCACCCAGCUCGCUCUCCCCUCCACAAGGCACACAGAGCCAUCGGUUCCCAUGUGUUCUUGUCCCAGCUUGCUCUGGAGGAGAAAAAAACUAUGUUCAGGUAAUCAUUACCUUGGAAUAAAAUGCAAACCGAAAACCAACAACAACAAAUCCAAUCAGCACAAAGUAGGGAAGCAUUGUCAACCCUCGGUCACGCUCUUUUGCCUCAUUUCAUGUGAAAGAGUGUGACUUGCACUGUUCAGGUCAGAUACCACUGGGUCUUGGCUGUUCCAUGGAAUUCAUAUCAAUAAGGCAUUGCCAUUUGCAAGGUAAAAGGCAAAACCCUAGGAUAUUCACCUAUGUGGUCAGAUUGCUAGGAUCUUCUGGAGUUGGGGCAAGUUCAGUAUUGAUUCCAGAGUUGGGUUUUUAGUAAUAGUCUCUCCUGCCUCUCUAAUUUAAAUAGCCAAAUUAAGCAAAAGUGUUAUGUUCACAACCAAAUGUCAAUGCGCUUAUCAACGAUAUCCUCUCAGUGUUCACUGAGGCAUAGAAAUUAUUUCGGAGUAGAAAUUGCAGCAUGAGGAUAAACUCACUUCAUUGUUUUGAAAAUAGAAUUGGAUCACUACGCUUUUAGGUGAUUUUUCCCCCUUUUACAACCAUAGAAUCUUGUGCCUCCAAGUGCAUUGGAAAAUGGCAAAAACCUGUCUGUCAAAACUCCUAUUUAAUAGUUUUGAUUUUUCAAACCACUAUCUUUCAACUCUAGCUCAACUCUCAAUAAGUGAAAAUUGGUUACUAGGGAGAAAGUUAACUUUCUAUGGUGGGAGGGCGAAGGAUGAGGGGCAGUUUGCAUAGGAAACAAAAGUCUAAAGUCCAGGUUGAAAUACCACACUCGCACUUGUUUUCUGCUAAACUAUUUUUGCAUUUACACUUGAGGUUACAGUCUGUGCCUAGACCUAAAAUGCACCAGCGGGGGGAUUUCUAAAAAUCCUUCAAAAUACCAGUUUUUCCCCACAAGUACAAUUGUUCUUGUGCCUUCCGUGGCUUUCGAUUUCAUCUUCUUUUAUUUCCAAUUACUACAGCUGCAAUAAACACUAGAUUUUUUUUUCUGGCUGUUUGACAUAACGUUGAUAGCUAUGCAUAUUUUGUGUCUUUUUAAAAUAAAGCGGGAGAAUACGUUUUUGAAGAAGAGAAUUUUUAGAACAGUUUGAUACCGCAAAUUAUUUUUUCCUCAAUUGUUUGAGCAGCAUUCGAGUUUUGAAAAUUCUUGUAGAAGCCAAUUUUUUGUAACUGUGGUGCAAAUCUUGUGUUUUCUUAGCCUAAUGAAAAGUAGUAUAGAAGCAAUAUUUCAUACCAUGUGCUAUAUAUGUGUGUGCAGAUGUGUGAACAUAAGAACACAUACAUGCACACAUAUACACACAUGUAAAAUAUACAUAUAUAUAUAUAUGCGUGUGAAGUGGAAAGCUUACCUUUUCCUAUCUAGAUUUAAGGACCUAUUUUAGACAUUUGUUAUGUUUGUGAAAAGAACGUUCUAUUUGCAUCAACGAAACAUUUAAUUCUUACUGUAUCUCCGGCUGUUUGAUGAGGAUGUUUCUCAUUAAGUGGUAAAGCAAUGUGGAAGCUGGUAGAAUGUAGUAAUUAUUUAAGGAAACGCUCACCCACAUUUUCCUGAAGUUUGCUUUGUGCCUCCGAGUAUUAUUUAAUUAAAGUGUUUUAUGUUUGAGAAUCUCUGUUGCUGUGCUAGGGAUGUGGGUGGCUAUCAUUUUUCAGAAUUUUAAAAACAAAACAAAAAAUAAGCAAAACAAAAACACUAAAGCAAGAGGGGAACUUUUAUAAAGCAAUGUAAAUACUUAACCUCAUGGCUGUUGUUACGUAAGACAUGAGAUUUUAAUAAAUAACUACAUUCUCACAACAUCUGUUGAAUUUAUUAUGAACACUACAGCGACUGUAUAGACAGUUGAAAGCAUUCUUGAAAAUCCUGCUCUCUACUUUUAAAAGAUAACAGUCUCUUUCAUCAGAUGUCAAGGGCAAGGGUGAUGCCAUUUCUGUAAAUUUAUGAAAUUUAUUUUCUAUGUACAUGAAGACAUAUAGUAAGUAACCCCUCCCCCUACACACACACACACAUACACACACAUGCAGUCUAAUAUGAAGUCGUAAAGCUGAACAUUUGGGGGCUUGAAAAAGAAAAUGACCCCCAGGAACUAUCAAAUUCAUCAAAGAAAAAGCGGUUUAUAGACUCCCCUGAAAGAAGCAGUGUACAUGUGAGGACAGAGCAAAUCCUUUGCCAUGUAUAUUAUAGAAUAUUCAUUGGUGUGAAUAGUGCAAGGUUUCCCUUCUGGUACAAACUCUGUGUUUGCAAAUUACAAGAAGCACUGUUUUCCAAAAGCUCCCCUUAAGAGAAUGUAACUGGUUGAUAUGAGUAAGCGGUUACUGUAUUGCACUUAAAUGUUAUGUUGAAGGAAAUGCGGCUUUGUUUUCUGUAGACCUGUUGGUUGUAAACCAUCCCUGAAACGAAAGCUGAAAUGCUCAUCGUCAGAGCUGGGAUCAAAACUGGUAUUCAACCUUUGCAUCUUCUUAUAAUGAUCCUCCUCAGAAUAUAACAGAAUCUGGAAGCAUUUGAGCUUCGAGUCUUUUCCGCUGAGCCCUCUUGCAAAUCUGACACCCUCCCCCAAAUGCACAAACAUGAGCAGAAAAGGGAAACAGGCUGGCCUUCUUUUGUGAAAAGGUAUCCAUUCUGUAUUUUUAAAAUAUUGUGAUCCUCCACAUCGGGGGUGGGGGGGGGAAUUAUUUUAAAAUUGUAUAUUACCACUUCAAAAUGAGAAUUAGAGAAACAAAUGUGUUUGGGGUUGGUCUCAGCACUACCUGGAAGAAUCAAAGGUUGUGGCUUUCCCGAAACUGUCCCAGCCAUUUCUCAUAUGUAUAUAGUAUAAACCGUGACAAAACACUGCCUUUAUAUUAUUUAGCAAUAUGUUGUAAAUAGCAUUAUUAAGCUCUUUUUUUUUGUAAUAAAGAUCCUUUGAUUUGAAUAUAGUACAAUAACUGAAUUGAUAAAGUCAAUUAUUUUUUUUUUUAGCUAGAGGCCAUUUCAAUUGUGGAUUUUUGUUGUUGUCUAUUGUUCUGAAGACUUUGCAUAAUUUAUUGGUUUAAUUUAUCCUAAUUUAUUUGAUGAAGGUGUACAAUUUUUUGUAUUACCAAGGAUGUACUGUAAUAUUGAUAUGAUUUUAAAAAAAAUGAGACUCCCUGUCCAUAUUAAAAAGAAAAUAAAAAGGUGCAGUAGACAAUUGAUUUUAAAGUAAAAGUAAAAAAAAUUUAGUUUGGCAGCUACUAAAUUUUAAAACAGGAGAUAAACAGUUGUUGGGGGGAGGGGGGUUUUACUUUGUGUGUUUUAAGCUUUUGUAUACUCUCCAAACUUUUACCUUUUCUUUGUACCACUUAAAGGAUACAGUAGUCCAAUUGCCUUGUGUGCCUUCCAUCUUCUCUUAAACUGAAUGUAUGUGCAGUAUAUAUGCAAGCUUGUGCAAAAUAAAAUAUACAUUGCAAGCUCA